AUUGCUGCCACCUCCAGAAAUAUUAUACAAAACACGUUCAGACACCAUAACUAACAUACCCAAAUUUAGGAGGUGGUAAAUUAGAGACCCUUUCAUAAACGUGUGGCAAGUAAUUGUUUGCUUCAUGCGUUUCAUCGUCAUUCUUUUUUCAUUCUUCUUUCCCAAGUAAUUGUAAUCCUACUUCUUCUUUUAUUUUUGCCACAACCCAAGUAGUGCAUAAAUUUCUACGUUAUGUUAAAACCCCAUAAUUAUUGCUUCUUUCCUUUUAAAGACACUAGAAGUUCUUUAGCUUUUUCCCAACAAUAAUCUUAUCAUGAUUCUGCUUGAGUAAUCCUACUUCCUCUAUGAUUUGCCGCAGCCAAAUAUAGUAAUUUCUAGUUUUUCUUUUUCUAAAACCACAUGAAGCUAAUUUUGCUACUAGAAUUUGCUUUCUCUUCAAAGAAACCAAACUUUCUUAUUAUGGUUCUUCUUCAGCUUCAAGUUUCAAGUAGAUUUUAGCAAUUUGUGUUAUUCUUCAGCUAGAUAGAUUUACCUUUCCUAUAUACUAUUCUAAAUUAUUUGCAGACAUAAAUCUAAAAUGAAAAACAAUUUGCAGUCUCAAUUGUUGUCACUAUUUCCAGUAGAAGCAAUUCGAGAAUCACAUCUCAUCAUCAGUUACAAGAUUGAUGCUCUUCCCAAUAUGGGAAUACCCAAAACAGAGCGACCCUUUAUGGAAAGUACAAGCUCAGACACUGAUCAUCACGAAGAAAAAGUUCAAGAAUCAGCAGUUUCUGACUCUGAGAGCUGUAUUAUAAGCUCCAAUUAUCAAGACAACACGAAAUCAGAUGGUUUAAUAUGGAUUAGAGAAGGGGAUAAGAUUCAUCAUAUGAUAAGUAAGAAGUUCAUUUCCGGAUUCGGAACACUUGGAUUAUCUACAAAAAUCGAAGCUAUUCACAAGAAUGCUUGCUCUAGCUUCAUGAAGAGCGCAAAGCUUCAGUCAUUCCUUAUUUUUUCCAAAGCAAUGGAGAAAAAGUGUGGAGGAAAUGCUAAUGUAAAGUAUGCUUGGCUUGGAGCCUCCAAGGAUGAAAUUGACAGCAUAUUUUCUCAUGGUUUUGGACAUCCUAUGCACAAUAAAGCUUAUGGUCAUUGUAUUUGCCUCUCUCAUGAUGAUUAUCCUGUUGACUGUCUUCAAAAGGCAACUCCUGAUAAGGAUGGACUAAGGCAUCUAUUGCUUUGUCGGGUGAUACUAGGAAGAACUGAAGUUGUUCAUGCUGGUUCAGGACAGUCUCAUCCAAGUUCUGAGGAGUUUGAUACUGGAGUUGACAAUGUACAUUCUCCUAGAAAAUAUAUUGUGUGGAGUACCAACAUGAAUUCUUAUGUCUUCCCGGAAUUUAUGAUCAGUUUCAGAGUCACUUCUCAUGUCAAAAAGGAUCGAAGGUUUUCAGUUCCUUUAAAAUCUCCAAAUUCACCUUGGAUUUCUUUUCCUUCUCUGAUCUCUGCGCUGUCAAAAAUCUUGCCGCAUAACACUGUCAAGUUGAUUAAUAAAUAUCACAGUGACUAUAAGGAGCGGAAGAUUACGAGACGCGAGUUGAUACAACAAGCUAGAAAAUUAGCAGGAGACGAUCUGUUAACUUCCAUCAUAAAAUCCUUCAACAAUAAGGUGGUUUAAGUUGAAAAUGCUACAGUGUGAAGAUGAAGAGAUUUGGAGCAAAAUUGAAGAAGAGGAAAAAGAAAAGAAGGUCACGUUGAAGUCUUUUGGGUACAACAAGGACCAAUGAAGGGUAAUCCGAGCAAUCCUGGCUAAUUCUGAGGCAGUGCGGGUUGUACGAGUGAGCAGAAGGAGGUUGCAACACUUGAAGGCAAAAUACAACCACUAAAGGGUCUCAUGCAUUGGCUGUGCGUCGCACACCUAGCGCACAAAAUACCCUUUUCUGAUUCUCAGACCUGUUAUGCAUUGGUUGUGCGGAGCACAGCGGAUGCACAGACAUAGUCAUGCGAUGGCCAUGCGACGCAUGAUCAAAGCACAAGAGGCGUCAGUUCUCCUAAGUUGAUCGGGAUUGGGCCUACUUAUCUCAUAUUUGCCCUAGCUUAUAAAUAACCGUUUUUACAUUAGAAUAGAGGACUUUGGACCUAGAGAGAGUAGGAGCCGCCGUGGAGGCCGGAGAUUAUUGGGUUUUAUCUUUUCUUCUCCUUAUUACUAGUUGGUAUAUUUUCUUUGAAUGAUUUGUUGCUUUUUUUCCAUGUCUGUGGAGCUAAACUUCUCGUUCUAGGGUUGUGGUAAACCAUGAUUAUUGAUGUUUG